CUCAUUAGACUACAAAUCCCAUCUACAGGGGGUGCGCUUCCUUUUGUGGUUCACCGUUCAUUUCAGCGGGGUCUAUAUACAAUAUAGGAGCAGCAACGCCGGUUCGUCCGGGACGAGUGAGCGCAGGCUGGUCGGUCCGCGGAGAGCGCCGUGCGAGAGCUAGGACCCGGUUCCCGUGCUGCCGGAGGUGGGGUCCAGUCCCCGGAGCUGCCACACGGCCGCCAUGCUGCGGAGGAAACCCACUCGCAUCGAGCUGAAGCUGGACGACAUCGAGGAGUUCGACAGCGUGAAGAAGGAGCUAGAGAGCCGCAAGAAGCAGCGGGAGGAGGUGGAUGUGGUGGGCGUGGCCAGCACCGGGGACAUGGGCGGGGCUACGGCUGGGGGUGCCGAAGGCAAGACCAGGGAACAGAUGAUCAAUGAGCGAAUUGGGUACAAACCACACCCCAAACCCAACACCCUGCCCUCCCUCUUUGGAAAUCUGCAGUUCUAGGGGCUCCUGGGACACUGCUGUGGUGCAAGUGGACUGGCUACACACAGACCAUCUUUCAGACUGUUCCAUCACCAGCUCCAGCAGGGGGGAAGGCAUUUGUAGCCAAACUGUUUUUAAUGCUUCCAUAGCUGGACUGUUUUUUCUGGGAGUGUCUCUUGGUGCUGGAUGCUAGUGUACUGACAGCUGAACCUUGGCUAACAAAGCCACCAGAGUAAAGUGAAAGAACUGGGGGUGGCACAGUGAGAGAAAGGGGCAUCUCAGUGGGGAGCUGGGUCCUGGCUCCAGGGCACUCCAUGCGGAGGACUGUACCACCGCUGGCCUCUAGAGGGCGCCAGGAUGCAGCCACCAGUGUUCUGAGAUUAAAAUGCACUGGAAAAUAUUGCCGAUACCUUUCUAGGAGCACUCAGUUUUUAUGGAUUUGAAUGGAACUGACAUUUAACAACAAUUUUCUUUCUGAAACAACAAAAAACUUUAACAAGCUUCAGUGAAAGAAUGAUAAAAGUUUAAUAUCACCAGAUGGAAGUGAAACAAGAGAAUGUCUCCCUCACCCAGGCUCAGGGUAAAAAACAACAAGGCUGUGGAAGCAGUGUCUGUGUAGACUGUGGUUAUAUGCAGUGUUUUAUUUUUUAAUCGUACAAAUAAAACCAUCAACAUGUCGUGA